AUGAAUCCCAAAAUCCUCUUCGUGUUUGCGCUUCUUCUUAAUCUUGUAACUAAUUCGUUCCAAAACCCUAACCCUAACCCUAAAACGCCCAAAUCAACGCUGUCGCUGGCUCACGUGGAGCUCGUAAGCUACGGCUUACCCUCCGGUCUUCUUCCCGCCACCACCGUCCUGGGAUAUGUCGUGAACCGGACCACCGGCGAGUUUACUGUCAAGCUCGGUGGCGCGUGCAAAAUCACGCUCCCGCCGGACAACUACGUUGCCACCUACUCCGACACCAUCACCGGGAAGAUCGUGCAGGGUAAAAUUGCUGAACUCGACGGAAUUAGGGUUCGCGCGUUCUUCAAGUGGUGGUCGAUCACCGGAAUCCGCUCCUCCGGCGACGACGUCGUCUUUGAGGUGGGCAUGGUCACAGCGAAGUAUCCAUCGAAGAAUUUCGAUGAUAGCCCCGCGUGCGAGGGCCAGCACACUUCUUCAUGA